UAUCAUUUCAACGAAUUUCAUGAGUAUCAGUGAUUGUGUAAAGUUUGAACUGAGAAAAAAUGGAAAAACGAAUUGGACAUAGAAUUCAGCGCAACAGAAAGUUCAACAAAGCUAGUUCUGGUGGAGGAAUGGUUUCUUUCCACGAUGUAGAAUUUAGUUUGGAUUCGCCAUCGAUAACUUCACGCCGCGACAAGGGAACAGCGUCCCCGAAAGCAAUGAAGGCAAAGAGUAUUCCAUUUGGCUUAAACGAAGCGGAAAACGCUUUACAUGUUGAAAAGCCUCGCAAUGGCAGUAAUGGCCACAGCCGAAAGUUAAAGCCAAAUGGAGGUGUUUCUGGCGGCUCUCGUAAGAACAGCAACGGCUCUUCUGGUCGUGUGAAGAAUCAAUCUCCUGGAAAGAACGAGCAGUUUCACUUUUUGAAUGUGGCUAAUGGUGUUGAAGAAAACUCGAAUUCUUCCUCGCCUAAUCCUCCUGGUAGUGCAAAGUCCACUACCUCUUCUACCAUGUCUUCUUCCGAACUUAAUUCGUCUCUUUAUGCUGGUCCCACUUUUACUCAUUCUCCUGCCGCUUCUAAUCUCCCUAUCCCUACUUUCCUUAAUGCAUCCCAUGCAGUCGAGAAGCCCGAGUCUUCAUUUGCCUCACCUUCUCCCAGUCAACAAAUUUAUGCUUCUUUACCUCCCACACCUUCCCAGGCUCUUCCUGCCCCAGCUCAUGUGCCCGCAGCCAACAUGUGCUGGUACUCUCCUCCCUCAAGUGGAUGCUCUGUGUCUGAUAAUUAUAUUAAUAAUCAUGCUGUACCCAGUAUGACUCACUCUUCUUCUACACCUUCCUGCGAAGGAGUAGGUGUUCCUAUCUUCGAUCAUGCAUCUUAUAGACAAGUCUCACCUUCUCACUUUCAAUCUAAUUCCCUUGCUGAUGGUUUUCAUUGCCAUUCUACUUCAGCCUUAGAUUUGCUAUUUCAUCGUGACCGUGAACAACGUCUUUUCCGUAUGCUCCAUCACGGAAGUGCAUAAGAAGUUGCUUCUUCUCGCGUGUAUAGUUAUGUUUCUUUUAUUCAUAGUUCAUUUCCUGUUUUGCUCCGGCUUUUCUGGUACAGUUUCCAUUCUACUUACUAUUUGCUUCCUUUACAUCCUUUUUUUGUUACAUCUGCUCCUUUGGUUUUAGUUGUUGCCAUUGUUGGUAAUUCAGCAAGACCUCACCUCCGCCAAAGAAAGACACUUCAGAAAUGACUCCCUAUGUCUAUUUUAUUCUCGUCACUUAUGUUCCUCUUUUUUUUUGGAACGGAAGAGUGGUUUUUCUUCAAGUCUUUUGGUUUGCGAUAUUAUACGAGAUAUCUGUGUCGCGUCUUUUCUAAUUUUUUGCUGGAGUCGUUUACGAUUGUUAACGAAUUAAUAGAUUUGGUUCUUUGCGACGGGACUCAUUAUUUAUUUAUGGUUUCGUUGUGUUCAAUGUACGGUGUUAGUGUUGUGCUAUAUAUUCGGGUUCUUACUCGGUCAGCCAUAUAUGACUACAAACACCUUUAUGAACAAAUCAACGACUCUUUUUAUCCUUGUCUCCUUAUGUCAAUUUUGAUCCGUGAGGGGUUUUGUUUUUGGCGUGUAUUUUCCUAGAUUGAUUGGAUUGCCUUAAUAUUUUUCCAAUGAAUUUGGUUUAUGAGAUUCUUUGCUGUUUUAAUUAUUCUGACUGGUUUUUAUGUGUUUUAAUUAAUUCAUUUUAAGAGCCUUGGAUGAGGGCUAGCUCGUCUAUAUUUUACUAUCCUCAUCUCUUCGUUCUUUUUUUUCAAUUCUCUUUUAUCAUUUUUAAGCACGUCAAACUAAAUAUUUAAUUUGAGUUUGAUGAUUAAGAAUAUUCUUUUUAUGUGUUUAAUUCCUUUUUGCUUCUUUUUUCCUGUGGAUACCAGCGGCCUUUUGAUUAACUGAACGUUUAUCAAAGGAUAGCUGUUUUUUUAUGAUGAUUAUCAUCAGUCAUGUAAUCAAUAUUACGACGACUGGAGCCUAAUUGCUGACUGUUUUUAACAGUUGGCAAAAGGAGGUGAACGAAAGUAGAGGUUUCAUUCUGCGGUAAUUUUUUUGGAAAUAUAAUCUACGUUUCAAAGAUUACUAUCGCAGAGAUUUUCUUAUUUAUCCGAAUUGUGCAUACAUCUUGCAUUCCAACACCGCUUUGGAUUUUUCUUUUAAGCGAUUCUAGUUGUUAAUUGCAAUUGGAAUAGUUUAAUUUUUCUUCUUAAAAUGUAUGUAUUGGUGUAGAGGCAUCAAUGGUGUCGACAUAAAUACAGACAAUUUGAGAUCCAGCUUAAGUGUUUCUCUUGCUGCUCACCUUUUAAAGGAUUCGAUCUGCUUUCAGUGUAAGAAAGUAGUAAUUUAGCAGUCAAUAAGAAAGCAUUUUUAUAUACAUUAUAUGCGUGAAAGUUAUAAGUUAGUAAUUGUUGCAUUAGUGAAGAGAUAUGAAACACUUCUGUAGAAAAGCCAAGUGUUGU